AUGGAGGCGCUGAGCGGGCGGGUCGGCGUCAAGUGCGGGCGGUGGAACCCUACGGCGGAGCAGGUGAAGGUCCUGACGGAGCUCUUCCGCGCGGGGCUGCGCACGCCCAGCACGGAGCAGAUCCAGCGCAUCUCCACCCACCUCAGCGCCUUCGGCAAGGUGGAGAGCAAGAACGUCUUCUACUGCGGCAGCGGCAGCGGCAGCAACGAGGAAGACGGCUGCCGUGCUGCCGCCUCGCACGACGCCGAGCCCGACCUCGUGCUGCAGCCACCAGAGAGCAAGCGGGAGGCCAGAAGCUACGGUCACCAUCACCGGCUCGCCGUGACAUGCUACGUCAGGGACGUGGUGGAGCAGCAGGAGGAGACGUGGGAGCGGCCGACGAGGGAGGUGGAGACGCUGGACCUCUUCCCCCUCAAGUCGUACGUCGACCUCGAGGCGGCGGAGAAGGUCCGGUACGUCAGGGGCAGCGCCGCCAGCGAGCAGUGCAGGGAGUUCUCCUUCUUCGACGUCUCCGCCGGCGGCCGGGAUCCGCCGCUUGAGCUCAGGCUCUGCAGCUUCGGUCCCUAG